CUUGAGUUGUGCCCGCCCCAUGGGGGUGGAGGGAGCUCGGCCCGACUGGGCUUGGAGAGCCUCUGGUGCCCGGUGCCCCUGGGGACGGCGGCGCCCUUUGUUCCGGUGCGGUCCCCACUCGGUCCCGCUCUGACCGCUGGUCGGUGAGGAGGUGGGCUACGGGCAGCGAGAUGGACGCUUUCACUCGCUUCACCAACCAGACUCAGGGCAGGGACCGGCUCUUCAGAGCCAUUCAAUACACAUGCAUGUUGCUUAGAUAUUUAUUAGAGCCUAAGGCUGAUAGAAAGAAGGUGGUAAUGAAGCUCAAGAAACUGGAAUCUAGUGUGAGCACUGGCCGUAAAUGGUUCAGACUAGGUAAUGUGGUACAUGCUGUCCAGGCAACUCAACAGAGCAUCCAUGUGUCUGAUCUUGUGCCUCGAUUCUGUUUAACCAUAGCCAACCUGAACCGUGUGAUUUACUUUGUUUGCGACACUGUCCUUUGGGUGAGGAGUGUAGGACUCAUCUCUGAUAUCAACAAGGAAAAAUGGCGAAAGUGGGCUGCACGUCAUUACUACUAUUCUCUCCUGCUGAACAUUAUCAGAGAUGUGUAUGAGAUCUCCCUACAAAUGGAGCAGGUUGCUCAGGAAAAGGCAAAAAGAGAGAAAUCAGUGCCCCAGAACCACCUAGGACCUUGUGUAGCCGAUGAAGAAACAGAGUGGCUCCAGACCUUUCUCCUUCUCUUGUUUCGAUCUCUAAGGAAGCAUCCCCCCUUGCUAUUGGACACUGUGAAGAACCUCUGUGAUAUUCUGAAUCCUUUGGACCAGCUUGAUAUUUAUAAAUCUAAUUCUGGAAUCAUUGGACUUGGAGGGCUCCUGUCCUCUAUAGUAGGUAUGAUAACAGUGGCUUAUCCCCAGAUGAAAUUAAGGACUUGUUAAAGUUCUUUUGUGUUGAGUACUAACACCUGUUUGGAAAGGUGACCCUCUGAGUGUGAUGGGCACUUUGCUUAUGACUGAAAAAUGUCAUAUUCAAAUGUGUUUAAAUCAGUUUUUCACAAAAGUGCUUAAUUCCCUAUGCUUUUGUGGGAAGAUGCACUAUAUGUGUAUAUAUCCCUCUGUAUCCCUUUCUCCAAGGUACAUACAAAAAAAUUUCAGAAAUGGUUUCUGAGCCUGCCUAGAAGGAUUGUUGUGAAGAUCCAAUGAGAUGAUAUUUGUAAAAGGCACAUCACAGUGCCUGGCACAUAGUAGAUCCAUAUUAAUGCUUAUUUCUUUCCCUUUUCUUUCUCCCACUAUUGAGUGGGAACUGAGUUUAGAAUCUUUAAAUCCUCUAUCCUUCCCAUUUGAAGUAUAAAUUUUAUCCAUGUAAUAAAGAUUUUGAGUAGUAUAUCUGAUGUGUAAGAACUAAUGAGAAUAUAGGGAGUUUGAUGAAGCUUUUAGGAUACUUUGCUUUUUUUUUAUUUCUGGAAAUUAUUUCUUCUACCCCACAAAAAGUAGAGUAAGUCCUAUUUAUUAAGUAUAGACAUUCUUCAAAGCAUGAAUUCACAACAGCCAUGUCUAAGGUGUUUAAUGCUAGGUUCCAUAAUCUGAUGAUUAUUUUGUCUACAAAUAACUGCUUUCAUAAAAUGAAAGUCUAUUAGUAUAGAAGCUGAGUACGGAUGAGCCACACAGUUUUCUAUGAUAAUCAGGUUUUCAGAUUUAUGGUGUGGGGAUGUAGUUUAUUUCUGAAUAAAGUGGUAAAGAAAGAAAGAAAUCUAAAUUAAAAAGCAUAAUUUACUAUGAUCAUAUUUGGAAUAUUGAGUUACAGUGAGAAGCAAGUUUUGAUGGCAUAUGCUCAUUCUUUAAUAGCCAUCUUUCUCGGGGCCUUAAGUCAUUGAUGAAUAUAUACUAGUUCUGCUCUUGACAGGUAUUACAUGAUGGAAGUAAUAAUACAUCAUUAGUUAAGGAAUUGGUAAGUGGUUUAAUACAGUAGUCUAGUUUGAUUUUUUUAGUGGUUCUCAAAAACAAAUAUUUUAUAAGCCAUAUGUAUUCAGCUUCUGAAAGAAAUUUGACUCCUUCUUUUGAAGACCACAUUCAAGUAUGUGACUUAAUUCCAUUUUUAGGCAAGGGAUCAGAUAUGGAAGAGACUGAAUUUGAGAAUUUUUUAAGUAAAAUGAAAAAUGUCCGGUCAAAACAAAUUUUCUCAAUAAUCUUAUUUUUAUAUCAUGAUGCUCAAUUGUAAUGUAAAUUAAUUAUGACAAAUAAAUUGUUGAAUCUA